UUCAAAAUGGAAGCGCAGAAGACUGCACGUGAACUUUUCACUGAAGCAGUGAGAGCAGUCCUAGAAACUUGGCCUGUUUUACAGAUCGCAGUUGAUAAUGGCUUUGGAGGCGUGUACGGCCAACAGAAGGCAGAUUGGAUGGUGGAUGUGGUCCAACAAUAUUUUCAUGACAACGCAAACCUGCAGCCAGAUGAAGUGGAGGACUACAUAGCAGACCUUAUGAACAAUGAGUUUGAUACAGUGGUGGAUGAUGGCAGUUUACCUCAGGUGGCACAGAAGGUUAGCCAGAUCUUUACACAGUGUCAACAAGGAAAGCUUGCAGAGGUCAAAGAUCAGAUAGUCAAACUUAACAAGAGUGCAGAACGAGCCAAGGUCACACCUCAACCAAACGCUGCUGAAGACUGUAAUGGAGAUGAAACAGAGUUCAUGGAGUGUGAAGCAGCAGCGUCAAUAACCCCCCCGCGUAGUGCGGCACCCAAACAGACAGAUCAACCCCAGUCUCAAGAGGAAAACGAUGGUUGGACGACAGUGGUGCGCAAGAAGUGACACUACUGAGUGAAUUGGGAUUUUACUGCCGCCUAACACUUGCUGUUUUGUACGUGUCUCGCCGAUGGUUCUGUCAUAUUGGGAGGAUGGACAUAUGUUCUGAUGAAAACCUGGACACAACCUAUACCUCGAGUUCAUUAGCUCACAUUUAUGCAGGUGUCAAGAGGUCACUUAUCAGGGCAUCUUCUGAGGAACUGUCACUGUUUACAGGAAUUUCAGUGUUUUUGGUACAUGGAAAUCCAGUUCAGUAGCGAUUAAAUAACCAUCUAUAGUGUGUGUGAAUAUAUAUAUACACACACACCACUCACCUACAAUGCAGAUUAAGGCAGCCCCCCGCACCUCUAAGGGGUUGGGUUAAAUGCGGAAGACAUUUCGGUUGAACAACUGACUAGGUAUCCCUCUUUCCAAUAGUAUGUAUUACUGAGUAAGGGAUAGAAAAUGUUCCAUUUUCAUAUCAAAUUGAUAGAAGUCUAUUUAUAGUAGUAAAAGUUGUCAGCAGUGUUAAAUAUAAAACUUGAAAACAGCCAACUUAAGAAUGGUGAAUUUAUUUAAUUCACCAUCUCUUGGCCACAUGACAGUGGCAUACAGUACUCUAAAACUGCCUGAAUCUGGUUUCCAAAAAAUAUUUAUUCUGAAGAAUACAGGUUGUAAGAUAUCUGGUCUUUCUUUCAUGUUUAAACACAUUUUAUGUUCACAAAAUAAGCAUUCCACAUACAGUUUGGCGACAUGUAUAAAAAAAGUGAAGGAUU